CUGCUGAUGACCGGGAACAAACAGGCGUAAAGAGAGAGGCUGAACAUCCUGCGGUGAAAAGAAGAACUGAUUUUAUUUGAGCUCGAAGAAAGAGUCUGUUUAUUCUCAUCUCUGCCCUGACACUGCUCCCCCCCUCACUCUCUCUGCCUUCAGUUCUAACUCAUGCUCUCUCGCCCAGCGAGCAUACAGCCCAAACUUGGAGAGGACAAAGCUUCACGAGGCUCCAACUUUGGCAGAGAAGAAGACGAAGUGAAGGUUGGAUUUAAGAGUUCGAGGAAAGACGACAAACAUACCGAUGUCGUGAGAGCUGGAGAAGAACUUAUUAAUAAGGGCUGGCGUCAUUUUGGGACGGAACAGCUGAGAAACCAGGUAAAAGAUGCGAUCGAGAACCUGCACCACGGAAGGUCCAGAUGAUGGACACAUCCAGCCAGCUAAAGGUUUCAUCAAGCAGGAGGAUGAAAACACGCCAGAGCUGAUGAAGAGGAAGAUGAAAGUCCACAGAGAGGAGAAGGAUGGGAGGACGGGGGUGUCGGGCUCAGCGAAGAAACCUCAGAAAGCCGCAGAGAGCCGGAAACCAGCAACACCAGAUCUGUCCAAGAAGGACCUUCUUCAGCUGCUGGGAAUCAUGGAGGGAGAGGUUCAGGCCAGAGAGGACAUCAUCGGCCUGCUGAAGUCCGAUAAAACCCGACCGGAGACUCUGGAGGCCCACUACGGCGCCGCUGUGCCCACCAAACCCCUGCAGGCCCUGCAGAGAGACGCCCUGCUCACCCACAGCGGCAGCAGCACAGACGACGUGUACGAGAAGCCCAUGGCUGAGUUGGACCGUCUGGAGGACAAACAGAAGGAGACGUACAGACGGAUGCUGGAGCAGCUGCUGCUGGCUGAGAAAUGCCACCGCCGCACCGUCAUGGAGCUGGACAACGAGAAACGAAAGCACGCCGACUUCAUCAACAAGAGCGACGACUUCACCAACCUGCUGGAGCAGGACAGAGAGAGACUCAAAAGGCUUCUGGAGCAGGAGAAGGCCUACCAGGCUCGUAAGGAAAAGGAGCACAGCAGGAGGCUAGAGAAGGUCAGAGCAGAGCUGGUUAAGCUCAAGUCCUUCGCCCUGAUGUUGGUGGACGAGCGGCAGUUGCACAUCGAGCAGAUCGACCAGCAGACUCAGAAGAUCCAGGAUCUCACUCAAAAGCUGCAGGAAAAAGAGCAGCGACUAGCAUCUGUCAGCGACGCUGCCAAGGAAAGCGGCCAGAAGGUCCUGAAGCUGGAGGACGAGCUGGAGCAGAGGGCAGCCAAGUUCACCCAGGAACAUGAGGAGAUGACCGCCAAGCUGGCUAACCAGGAGUCCCAGAGCCGGCAGCUCAGGCUGAAGCUGACCGGACUGACGCAUAAGAUUGAAGAGCUGGAAGAGAGCAACAAAGUCCUGCAGAAAUCAGAGGAGAACCUGCAGGAGCUGCGGGAAAAGAUCAGCAAAGGGGAGUGUGGGAACUCCUCCCUCAUGGCUGAGCUGGAAAAUCUACGUAAGAAAGUGUUGGAGAUGGAGGGCAAGGAUGAGGAGAUUACCAAAACAGAGACUCAGUGCAGGGAGCUGAGGAAGAAGUUACAGGAAGAAGAGAACCACAGCAAGGAGCUCAAGCUGGAGGUGGAGAAACUCCAGAAGAGAAUGGCUGAACUGGAGAAACUGGAGGCGGUAUUUAACAGGAGCAAAACUGAGUGCUCACAGCUUCACACAAACCUGGAAAAAGAGAGACGCGUUGUGAAGGAUUUAGCUGGUGAGCUGGAGACGGUGAAAACCCGGAUGAAGGAACUAGAGUCCUCGGAGUCCAAGUUUGAAAAGGCAGAAAUGGUCCUCAAAGAUGAGCUCAUGAAGCUGAAGUCCUUCACGGUCAUACUGGUCGACGAACGCAAAAACAUGGCGGAAAGACUCAAGCAGGAAGAACAGAAAAGUGAUGAUUUAAGUAAGAUGCUCAAAGCGGAGCAGGGCAAGGUGACGGAAGUUACAGAGAAGCUGAUCGAGGAGAGCAAAAAAGUUCUCAAGUUCAAAUCAGAAAUGGAGAUCCAAGUGACAACGCUUACUAAGGAGAGAGACGAGUUUAAGAGUAAACUCACAGGUGAAGAGGAAAAGUGCAGGGAGCUGAAUAACAAGCUGAGUGGAAUGAUGGACAGACUUGAGGAGACAGAGAGGGAAAUGCAGAGAAAAUGGGCCAGCAGGGAAAAUAACCAAAAUCCAGAAGAAGAUAACAAAGUAAAAGAGCUCACGCUCGAAAUCGAAAGACUGAAGAGCAGGCUCAAACAUCUGGAGGUGGUUGAGGGAGAUUUGAUGAAAACUGAGGAUGAGUAUGAUCUGUUGGAGAAGAAAUUCAGGACGGAGCAGGAUAAGGCCAACGCCCUCUCAAAGCUGCUGGAAGAGAUGAAAAGUCAGAUUGCCCGAAACAAAGCCAUAGAGAAAGGUGAAGUCAUGAGUCCGGAGGCUGAGCUGAGAAUUCGCUGCAAGAUGGAGGAGGCCAAAACCAAAGAUCUGCAGGCAGAUGUCCAGGCUCUGAAGGAGAAAAUCCAUGAGCUGAUGAACAAAGAGGACCAGCUCUCACAGCUGCAAGUUGCCUUCUCUAUCCUCCAGCAGAGGUUUGUGGAGGAGGAAGAAAAGAAUAAGAGCAUGAGCCAAGAAGUGGAGAACCUCACCAAGGAGCUUGAAGCCACCAAGCGCUACAGUCGCGCCUUGAGGCCCAGCAUGAAUGGCAGGAGGAUGGUGGACGUCCCCGUUACCUCCACAGCAGUCCAGACAGACAUGAUGGCCACCGAGCCCGCAGAGGACGAGACUGCAGCUGGCUUCAUUCGGAAAUCAGUCCUUGAGGAGAACCACUUAAUGAGCAACCUCAGGCAAUACAGUCUCAAGAAGCCAACAGUUCUUGAACGAUACCCUCCAGCUUCGGCAGAACUUGGGGCAAAAAAGUCUUGGAUACCCUGGAUGAAAAAGAAGGAGGCCGUCACACUCACUCAGACCACUCCUCAGAAGACCAACGGGGUCCCUCUGCUCCAUCCACCUGAAGCAACCAUGUCCCAAAAGCCAGGCCAGCCACUGCAUAUUCGAGUGACACCAGAUCAUGAGAACAGCACUGCCACCUUGGAGAUAACCAGCCCUCGAGCUGAAGAUUUCUUCUCCAGCACCACCAUCAUCCCGACUCUCGGUCUUCAGAAACCCCGCAUCACGAUUGUCCCUAAACCCACCACCGUGACCUCAAAGACCAAAGCCUAUGACGGGAUGGAAGGCCUCAAUCGAGCCAAAUCUCCUGUCACAAUCACCACCAUCUCCAGAGCAAAGAGUCCAGACAGGAGCAGCGGGAGCAGCCAUCAGUCACCGGUGUCCAUCAUCACGGUCAGCACCACUCCUGUGGCUGAAGCGUGCGCGUCAUCUGAGCCUCACGAAAUUUCUACAGGCCGCACAGUAAUCAAGGUGACCCCGGAGAAGCAACCUGGACCUGCACCUGUCAGGAAGUACAACGGCAACAUCAUCACGACGGAGGACAACAAGAUCCACAUCCACCUGGGUCCACAGUUUAAGAGACCAUCUGAGGCGUGCAGCAGUCCUGUGCUGACACUCAGGCCAACUGGCCCGAGUUCAGAAAGCAAAGAAACCCCAACGGGAACCGUUCUCCGCUCUCCACGCCAAACCCUGCUGGGGAAAACCACUCAGAGCAAAAUGACGAGCAGCAUAACAAUCACUCCCAUCACCUCGGCCGCCUCCAGGCCGACGCAGUCAUCGCCCAGUGCAGACGUGCAGUCCAGUCGGAGCGCCGCCACCCGGAUCCCCGUGUCAAAAGGUAUGAAACCAAGCGGCAAAGCGGUCCUGGGUGUGUCCACGGUGACCAGGUUAGAGUCCCGGGCCGAGAGCCAGGCGAUGAAAAUCGAGCUGAGGAAGCCGACAGCGUGCAGCGCGGCCUCUGCGGCACCAGGAAAGAGCUGAGGGCGAGUUCAUCACUACAUAUAAGAUGCAGACCACAUCUGUGUGCAUACGGACUGCGUGACGGCACCUUCUACAGCUUAGCUUUACAGACGUCAUUUCAUGUGCUGCCAAACGCGUAUUCAGAUAAUAUUCAUGCCGUUUGAACGG